AUGGCCGACCAGCAACAGCCCCAGCCGCACCAGCACCACCAGCAACACGCCAUGGCUGUCCCACAACAGCAGCAACAUCAGCACCAGCACCAGCACCCCCCACAGCACCCGCCGCAGCACCCACAGCACCCACCCCAGCACCAGCUGCCGCCUCAGCACCAGCACCAGCAGCACCAGCAGCAGCCACACCAGCCGCCGCCGCAUGAGGCCCAGCACCAGCAACACCAGCAUCAGCACCAGCCCCCGCAACACCAGCCACACCAGCAUCAGCACCAGCCCCCGCAACACCAGCCGCACCAGCCUCACCCACAGCACCAGCAGCAUGAGCACCAGCCGCACGAGCAUCAGCCACACGAGCACCAGCAGCACCAGCAGCCGCAACAGCCCCAGCAGCCCCAGCAUCCUCAGCUCGCCGUGCCGGCAGAGGCGCACGUCCUCCCGCCCUCCAACGUGCCCACCUCAUCCACCGUCGCCGUGAGCGUGGUUGGCCAAGUCCCACCCGCAAGCAGCGCCAGCAGCGCCGCACCCGCCAUGGCCACGCAGUCGCCGCGCACCAGCCGCAACCAGACCAACGACGAGCUCGCCCAGGAAAUGACCGCCCUGCGCAAGCUGCGCGGCCGCUCCACCCUCGACCAGCAGAGCGUCGCCCUCGUCCUCCACUGCUACCUCGCCCUCAAGCAGAAGCAGAUCAGCGACCAGUCCAAGAGCAGCGGUGCAAAGACCAAGAUGAACUACCAGAACACCGUGGCUCACCUUCUCGGCCUCUCCGCUAACACGGUCGGCAAGGCGUAUGCCCGCUGGAACGCCGCCAAGCGCGAGGCCGGCGGCGGCCCACCAAGCACCGUCCCCGUGGCCGGCCUGCGUGGCAACUUCAACAAGAAGGACACGCGCGUGCCCGUGACCAACGCCACGCUGGUUGGUGUUCGCGAGUACGUGCGCGAGCAGCGCGCCGCCCAGAAGCGCGUCACCGCCGGCAACGUGCUCGAGUACCUGAUUGAGCGCGACGUCAUCUCCGUCAAGAAGUCGCAGCUCGGCCACCACGACAAGAAGGACUACGAGGCGGCCACCGUCGCCGUGCAGCGCUUCCUGCGUCGCGCGGGCUACACCCGCGGCACCUGGCACAGCAUUGCCCCCAACGAGAAGCACCUGCGCAUGCGCGACGCCUACAUCAAGGCCAUCCUCGACAACCGCGCCGCGCCCCCGGCCUCCCGCCUGCGUGAGGUGUACAUUGGCGAGAGCUACGUGCACGAGCACUACCACCGCGCCGCAGACAGCCUGGUGGACCCCAACGACGAGCAGGAGCAGCAGGUGCGCAACCUGCGCGACGGCCGCCGCUACUGCUUCGCCAUUGCCAUCCAAGGCGCAGACCCGCGCUGCGACGUCCUGCCCCCCACAAACACGCCGCGCCCUGCCGCUGCCGCCACCACCGCAGUCACGCCAGCCACGCCUGCGCAGCCGGCCACAUCCGCCGCCUCUGCGUCGUCUUCUACUGCUGCUGCAACAGGCACAACGGAGGGCGCAGCCGCCCCCGCAGCAACAGCCACGCCGGCAACCUCAGAAGCGGCAGCACAGGACACGGCCGGCAGCAGCACCUCUGCCACUGCCACCGACACUGCCACCACCCCUGCUACAACGGCCGCCGCCACGACCACCCCGCAGCAGGAGACUGCAGCUGCAAGCGGCAGCGGUCAGGAGACCAAGCACACGCCCGCCGCCGACGUCAAGGACCCGCUCCUUGCUCAGCAACAGCAACAGCCUGCCCAAGGACAAGGGGAGCAGCAGCAGCAGCAGCAGCAGCAGCAGCAGCAAGGCCAGUCUGAUUCCGGCGUGCAGCCGAAUGUGCCCGGCGCAUCGCUUGCUGGCCUCGUGUACGGGUCUGCCUGGGUGUUUGCCCCGAAGAAGACGCACUCCAAGUGCCCGCACAAGGGCGACUUCCGCAAGAACUUCACCACGGCCAACUUCAAGAAGUGGUGGACAACGCAGCUGCUGCCCAACCUGAAGCAGCCGUCGCUCAUUGUCAUGGACGACGCCAAGCACCACAUGUUCCGCCCCAGCAACGCCAUGAACCCGACGCGCAUGAAGCGGGACGGCAUCAUUGCGGCGCUGCGCCAGCGCGGCCUCCCCGCCUACGACGACGAGACCACAAACGUCCUGCGCGCCCGCCUCCGCGCCUGGGUGCAGGACAACGUCAAGCCCGAGCUUGUGCACCUUGCCGAGAGCCAGGGCCACACGGUGGUGAUUGCGCCGCCGGGGUACCCGGACCUCAACCCCGUGGAGCACGCUGCCGCGUUUAUCAAGGGCAUUGUCGGGCACCAACACUCGCCAACGACGACGUUUGAGGACGUGCUGCAGCGUGUCAACGGCGGGCUGGACCUGCUCACCUGCAGCGACCCGCAGUACCCGGCCGACUUCAAGUCGCGCGUGCAGUCGAUGAUCGACUCGACAGACGCCGUGCUGGACCAGCAGUACCAGCUGGCCAUGAGCGACGACGACGGCGUUGUGCUGGAGGAGGACGGGCGCGGGCGCGCCUUUGACUCGUGGCCCGACGCCAACGACGACGAGCAGGACGACUGGUACCAGGGCGACGAGGACGAUGACGACACGGACAUCUUCAACGUGCUCUGA